AUGCACCACAUCCUCACAGAAGAAAUGUUUCAGGAAAGCAUAAGCACAUAUGCAUAUGACACCAAAUCACAUGAUGAAGGCUUUGUGGAGCUUACAAAACAUAUUGCUUUAAAAAAUCCAAAUAUUACUCAACAACUAACAAGAAUGGAAGAUUGGGCUUUGGAAAAUCAUUGUCCCGUGAUUAAAGCAGUACGAAAUUAUCAUGAUAGAGAGAUAAUGAGCGAAGUAAAUGUAUCGAUACAAUAUAUCAACACAUUAAAAAUUGGCUGCAUUCCUGUAACUUUUACUAGGGAAGCGUCUCUCGAUUUUAACAAUUUUACUCAUCAUAUGGUAUGCGUGUCAAAGGAUUUAAAAUUAUCAUUACCAUUUAAAGAGGAUGGUUGGAUGAUAUUCAAUAUACAACAAAUUGGUAAAUAUCGACCAAUGGACUUAUUAUGA